AUGAGCGCCUCGAGCGGUCCACCGGGCGAACUAUCGGUACUUCAAAGAAAACGCGAUGAUGAACUCCGGGGCGUCGGGUGUUUCGCCGAGAAUAUGGACAAGUGUGAUCGCCUUCUGCGUGACCGACGAGACCUGGAUCCCCUCCCUGCCGGCGCGGAAGGGCGCUGGCUGUCCACCGAGGCCGUGAAAAGUCGUGGAAUGGGACGAAAGUUUGCUAGAACGGAGAAGCCGAAGUUUGGGGGAAGGGAACAAGCUGUAGCCCCCUAUUUCUACUCCCAUUUCUAUUUCCCCCUACCAGGCACCAUGCAUCUCCCCUCCCUGACUCUCCAACUCUCCCCCCCUUUGAAGAAAAGGAGGAGAUACACCCUCUCCUCCUCCUCCUCCUCCUCCUCACUAGGCUCAUUGUAUACCUCCUCCUCCUCCUCCUCCUCCUCAGCCUCCAUCUUCAGCCGCAGUAAAGAAAGAGAGAGAGAGAGAGAGAGAGAGAGAGAGAGAGAGAGAGAGAGAGAGAGAGAGAGAGAGAGAGAGAGAGAGAGAGAGAGAGAGAGAGAGAGAGAGAGAGAGAGAGAGAGAGAGAGAGAGAGAGAGAGAGAGAGAGAGAGAGAGAGAGAGAGAGAGAGAGAGAGAGAGAGAGAGAGAGAGAGAGAGAGAGAGAGAGAGAGAGAGAGAGAGAGAGAGAGAGAGAGAGAGAGAGAGAGAGAGAGAGAGAGAGAGAGAGAGAGAGAGAGAGAGAGAGAGAGAGAGAGAGAGAGAGAGAGAGAGAGAGAGAGAGAGAGAGAGAGAGAGAGAGAGAGAGAGAGAGAGAGAGAGAUAUAUAGAGAGAGAGAGAGAGAGAGAGAGAGAGAGAGAGAGAGAGAGAGAGAGAGAGAGAGAGAGAGGAGAGAGAGAGAGAGAGAGAGAGAGAGAGAGAGAGAGAGAGAGAGAGAGAGAGAGAGAGAGAGAGAGAGAGAGAGAGAGAGAGAGAGAGAGAGAGAGAGAGAGAGAGAGAGAGAGAGAGAGAGAGAGAGAGAGAGAGAGAGAGAGAGAGAGAGAGAGAGAGAGAGAGAGAGAGAGAGAGAGAGAGAGAGAGAGAGAGAGAGAGAGAGAGAGAGAGAGAGAGAGAGAGAGAGAGAGAGAGAGAGAGAGAGAGAGAGAGAGAGAGAGAGAGAGAGAGAGAGAGAGAGAGAGAGAGAGAGAGAGAGAGAGAGAGAGAGAGAGAGAGAGAGAGAGAGAGAGAGAGAGAGAGAGAGAGAGAGAGAGAGAGAGAGAGAGAGAGAGAGAGAGAGAGAGAGAGAGAGAGAGAGAGGAGAGAGAGAGAGAGAGAGAGAGAGAGAGAGAGAGAGAGAGAGAGAGAGAGAGAGAGAGAGAGAGAGAGAGAGAGAGAGAGAGAGAGAGAGAGAGAGAGAGAGAGAGAGAGAGAGAGAGAGAGAGAGAGAGAGAGAGAGAGAGAGGAGAGAGAGAGAGAGAGAGAGAGAGAGAGAGGAGAGAGAGAGAGAGAGAGAGAGGAGAGAGAGAGAGAGAGAGAGAGAGAGAGAGAGAGAGAGAGAGAGAGAGAGAGGAGAGAGAGAGAGAGAGAGAGAGAGAGAGAGAGAGAGAGAGAGAGAGAGAGAGAGAGAGAGAGAGAGAGAGAGAAUUUCCUACACUGUAAGCUGCAUGGACGUCUCUGUAUUCGGCGUUUCUGGCUCACUACACUCCUGA